AUGGUGGAGAUGCUGCCAACUGCCGUUCUGCUGGUCUUGGCAGUAUCUGUGGUCGCCAAAGAUAACAGCACGUGUGAUGGGCCCUGUGGGCUACAGUUCCGGCAGAACCCACAAGGGGGUGUGCGCAUCGUCGGAGGGCAGGCAGCGCCCAGCGGGGCCUGGCCCUGGAUGGUCAGCAUCCAAUUCUUCACCGUCCACAACAGCCGGCGGUACCACUCAUGUGGGGGCACGCUACUGAACUCCCACUGGGUGCUGUCAGCCGCACACUGCUUCAGUAGCAAGAAUAAAGUGUACCAGUGGCGACUGGUGUUUGGAGCAAAGGAAGUGAUCUUUGGGCACAACAUGCCUCUGAAGCCGCCUGUGCAGGAGAGGUUUGUGGAGAAGAUCAUCAUCCACGAGAAGUACAACUCAGAGCAGGAGCGGAACGACAUUGCCCUCAUUAAGGUCACCCCUCCUGUCCCCUGCGGCUCCUUCAUCAGGCCAGCCUGCCUGCCCCGCUUCAAAGCAGGGCCCCCCACUGUCCCCCAGACCUGCUGGGUGGCAGGUUGGGGAUUUGUACGAGAGAAAGCCUCCAGGCCAUCGCCUAUCCUGCGGGAAGCCCGUGUGAACCUCAUUGACCUCGAUUUAUGUAACUCGACUGAGUGGUACAAUGGGCACAUUCACUCAACCCAUGUGUGCGCGGGGUAUCCUGAAGGCAACGUUGACACUUGCCAGGGGGACAGUGGCGGGCCACUCAUGUGCAAAGACAGCGUGGAAAACGUCUUCGUGGUCGUGGGAAUCACGAGCUGGGGGGUAGGCUGCGCCCGCGCCAAGCGUCCUGGUGUCUACACGUCUACCUGGUCAUACUUGGACUGGAUUGCCUCCAAGAUUGGUUCUAAUGUCUUGCACACCAUUCAACCUGGCACCCCACCCCCUCCUAGCACCCAACCGGCCCCUGCUCGGCUCCCCAGUGUCCAGCCUGUUUCUGCUCGCCCUCCUUGGUAUUACCAACGCCCUCCUCGACCUCUCCCUGCAAAUCCACCGCGACCCCAACAUCUGCCAGCAAUCCAGCCCCUACCUCCAGCUCCACCCCCGCCUCCACCUCCACCCCCCCCUCCUCCACCUCCACCACCACCUCCACCACCCCCACCUCCACCUCCACCUCCACCCCCUACUAGACCUCCCCAAGCACUUUCUUUUGCCAAGCGCCUCCAGUUCCUCAUAGAGACCUUAAAGAGUAAGAGCUAUUAUGACGUAGAACAAACAGACAUCUCUGAACCAACCUCCUCCUCCAAGUGA